GCUAUGAGUAGCCUUCCCUAGUGUAAUUUUUAUUGUAAUACUCAUUCAAAUCAGUAUAUGGUGUGUUACAUGAAAGUGGACAUUUGGAACGGGUGGCAUGUAUCAUUGGCAUGCUUAUUGGACAUCCACACCGACAGAUGGCUCCUGAAGAUUUAGCGCUCAGCUCCCUGGCAAUCCUCCAUGCUACACUACAAAAUAAUACAAUUCCCCGACCCAGCGCUAAUGCAGUGCACUGGGCCAAGGUUCGAAACCUACCCAGGUGACCCGGACGCACUGAGCACAUAGGAAUGACAGAACCGCGACUCGGCUGUAGAGUGCGGAACGCGAGACCGGCCCUCCUACCUAAGGAAAGAUGAGGGAAUGGUGGCUUCUUGUGGGCUUGCUGUGCAUUCCUCUGCUGGCGGUCUACCUGCACAUCCCUCCUCCCCAACUGUCUCCAGCCCUCCUGACCUGGCGCUCUGCCGGAGCAUUCUUCACUUUCAGGAGCAACAAUAUAUUCUACAGAGAGACCUAUGGUGCUGUAGGCAGCUCUGAUGUGGUCAUUCUCCUCCAUGGCUUCCCUACCUCCAGCCUGGACUGGUACAAGAUAUGGGAGCCCCUGAAUCGGCGCUUUAACCGUGUCAUUGCUCUGGACUUUCUUGGUUUUGGCUUCAGUGACAAACCUAGGCCCCACCGCUACUCCAUCUUUGAGCAGGCCAGUGUUGUGGAGGCGUUGGUGUCCCACCUGGGUCUGAUGGAGCAGAGGGUUAACCUGCUCUCCCAUGACUAUGGAGACACUGUGGCCCUGGAACUGCUCUACAGGAGUGACCACAACAGGACUGGACACUUGACCAUCAACAGCCUCUGUCUGUCCAAUGGAGGCAUAUUCCCAGAAACACACCAUCCCAGAUUCCUUCAGAAGCUCCUCAAGGACUCCAGCUUCCUCUCUCCAGUGCUGACCCGUCUCACCAACUACAUGGUGUUCUCUAAAGGGCUCGGGGACGUGUUUGGUCCAUACACCCAGCCCACAGAUGCUGAGUUGUUGGACAUGUGGACAGGGGUCCGCUUCAAUGAUGGGAACCUGGUCAUGGACAGUAUCCUGCAGUUUAUUAACCAGAGGGAUGAGCACCGAGACAGAUGGGUUGGUGCUCUGACCUCCACUUUCAUCCCUGUUCAUAUGAUCUAUGGACCCCUGGAUCCAGUCAACCCUCACCCCCAAUUCAUCUUCCUUUACCAGAAACUGGUGCAGAGGUCUACUGUGUCGGUUCUGGAUGAACACAUCAGCCAUUAUCCCCAGCUGGAGGACCCUGCUGGCUUCCUCACCGCCUACUUCAGCUUCAUCAACGCCUUCUGAGCCAACGCACCAGAAUUAGACCAUCUGAACUUCUGCGAGCAUAACCUGGGUCAUGUUCAUUUGGGCUCACAACGGGAAGGUUAAAACAUUUUGCAAUAGGAAAACAAAAAUAUGCAUUUAUUGGAGUUCAGCCCCGUUUCAGUGUUUUCUUCUAUUUGGUGCCUAAUGAACACAAAUCUUCACAUCUCCCAUUGUGGAAAAAGUUGUGAAGAUUCAGCCCUGACUUGGUCAGUCAUGAACAAAAACCUGGAUGAGAACUGUGCACAUUGAAUCAUAGCUGAUAUGACACACAGUAAUCUUGAAUCCAUUCCUGGUCUGUCAUCAAAGCACCAAGCCAAGUUCGACAGAUUCCUGCUACUCAGUAUGAACAAAAUGACAGUACUACAUGGAUCAACUACUGCUAUAGGGACAUGGGUGAUCUUUCAUGCUUCCAGUAGAUUUCCUAAGGUAAUCUCAUCUUUGGGGUAUAAUCUAUUUGUUGUUUAUGACAAAUUGAUGUAAUUCGUAAGGUUGAAGCGCAUUUGUAACAGGUUGCAUCCCAAGGAAAAUAAUUUUGAUAUGAUUUCUACAUUCUGGAUGGAGGAAAUACAGCACUGACUUAAAGGUCAACUUUCUAGAAAUAAAAGUCGUUUUCCAUAAAGCUAA